UCGAGUUGUCAUCAACUUUGUUCCACCUCUAUUUCGCACGGAAUUUGUUUGUCAUUCAACAAGAUUUUUUGUAAAUCACUUGAUUUUUCUUCAAAAAGCUUGGAAUAUACAAAACUACAUACAAGAUGUACCAGCCAUCCCUGAAAGUUCAGCCCUCGGAGGUGUCCGUACUGAAUGCCACCGGCCGUGUGGGAAUGCCCACGGAGGCCAAUUGCCUCAACCAACUGGCCCACGUCCACCGGCUGCGCGACUCGGAAUUGAACUACAACGAGCACCAGUACAACCUCAACAUGCAGAUGCUACGCAACCGCGAGGGUCUCGGCGUGCCCCUCAAAAUGGGAAUGGAGCGCUUUGCCGCCCGCCAGGUGGGCCGCCUGCCCUUCCUGCAGUCCAGCAACUUCAUGGACGACGUCCUGACUGGCCGUGUUGACUCCAUCGGUUUCGAGGACUUUAUGAAUCUUCCAGAGUACAGCGAGCAAAUGCGUCAGCCACACGCUGUGGUGGAGAAAUCUCUUGGAAUUCACCUAUAAAUCUUUUUAACUAUAGUUGCUUAAAUGCCUGGCAUUCAACAUACACAUUCUAAGACUUUAAAUUCAGCAAAUAAAAUUUAUUUUGGAGCCCCGGUUAAAGGAAAACUCGUUCUAUAAUUUAUUUGAGCCAAAUUUAUUCGUAUUCAAUUUGUUUUACUCCACAUCAAUAUUCAACUAGUUCGUUAAACUUAUACAUUUUAUUCAAACAAGUCUAAAAACUACUAGAAAUAUUGGCAGAAAGGAUUGUUGUACUGAGGAGAUUCGUUAAAAUUAUAAACUGAAGAGAUACAUAUGCAUCCACGUAAAUCAUAAUGCUCGUAUAAAUAAAACAAUAAGAGAUUGUAAAAUGGA